AUGAUCAGCGUUCAUGGCUCAGCCAAUGAGAAGCUGCGGGGGGCGGGGCAUAGAGUCAGCCUGCAACACAACAGAGUCCUCUUCAAACGGAAACCAGGACCAGGACCGGCAGCACACAGCGGAAUGGAGCAGAACCAGGACCCGGAGGACUCCAGUAGACCAGCAGCAGGCUCUGAUAGCACCGAUGUUCAGUUCCUGGUGUUGGUCUGUUCUCUUAAAGCCUCCUGUGACUCCCUCACUGUCACAGCCAAUGAGAAGCUGCGGGGGGCGGGGCAUAGAGUCAGCCUGCAACACAACAGAGUCCUCUUCAAACGGAAACCAGGACCAGGACCGGCAGCACACAGCGGAAUGGAGCAGAACCAGGACCCGGAGGACUCCAGUAGACCAGCAGCAGGCUCUGAUAGCACCGAUGUUCAGGAAGGAAGAGAGAGACUCAAACGGCACCACUGUCAGCUCUGUGACAAAACCUACUCAACAGCUGGAAGUUUAAAGGUUCAUCUCCGCAUCCAUACUGGAGAGAGACCUUACAGCUGUCACCAGUGUGGGAAUGCUUUCAGUCAACUACAGAACCUGAGAAAUCAUCUCCACAUCCACACUGGAGAGAAACCUUACAGCUGUGACCAAUGUAUGAAGACUUUCAAUCAGAAACACCACCUGAGAUAUCAUCAACGCAUCCACACUGGAGAGAAACCCUACAGCUGUGACCAUUGUGGGAAUGCUUUCAGUCGACUACAGAACCUGAGAAGUCAUCAACGCAUCCACACUGGAGAGAAAACUUACAGCUGUGACCAAUGUGGGAAUGCUUUCAGUCAAAUACAGAGCUUGAGAGAUCAUCAACGCAUCCACACUGGAGAGAAACCUUACAGCUGUGACAAGUGUGGGAAUGCUUUCAGUCGACUAGGUAGCCUGAGAAGUCAUCAACGCAUCCACACUGGAGAGAAACCCUACGGCUGUGACCAGUGUGGGAAUGCUUUCAGUCAACUACAGAACCUGAGAAGUCAUCGACGCAUCCACACUGUAGAGAAACCUUACAGCUGUGACCAGUGUGGAAAAACUUUUUCUCACAGUUCUAACCUUGAAGUCCACCGACGCAUCCACACUGGAGAGAAGCCAUACUGGUGUGACCAAUGUGGGAAAAAAUUUUCUCACAAUAAUAGCCUUGAAUUCCACCGACGCAUCCACACUGGAGAGAAGCCGUACUGGUGUGACCAAUGUGGGAAAACCUUUUCUCAGAGUUCUCACCUUAAAACUCACCAACGGGUUCACACUGGAGAGAAACCCUAGUGGUGAGGCUAAGGCAGGAAAACUUUUUCUCUGAGUGGUAGUUUUUUUGAAACAGCUGGAAAUUUAAAGGUUCAUCUCCGCAUCCAUACUGGAGAGAGACCUUACAGCUGUGACCAGUGUGGGAAGACUUUCAAUGAAAAACAGAGCCUGAAAAAACAUCAACGCAUCCACACUGGAGAGAAACCCUAUGGCUGUGACCAAUGUGGGAAUGCUUUCAGUCGACUACAGAGCCUGAGAAUUCAUCAACGCAUCCACACUGGAGAGAAACCUUACAGCUGCGACCAAUGUGGGAAUGCUUUCAGUCUACUACAGAGCCUGAAAAAUCAUCAACGCAUCCAUACUGGAGAGAAACCUUACAGCUGUGACCAAUGUGGAAAAACUUUUUCUCACAGUGUUAGCCUUGAAUACCACCGACGCAUCCACACUGGAGAGAGGCCGUACUGGUGUGACCAAUGUGGGAAAACCUUUUCUCAGAGUUCUAACCUUAAAACUCACCAACGGGUUCACACUGGAGAGAAACCCUAGUGGUGUGACUAAGGCAGGAAAACUUUUUCUCUGGAUGGUAGUUUUUUAGAAAAAAUAAAAGUUGUUAGAGCAUUAUUCGUACCCUUUUUUCUUUUUAAUAUCCACAUCAUAAGAUUGUUUUAAGCCUUCAAUAAAAACAGAUUGCUCAUUGUGCUGUCUGAUUAAAGUUCCUGGUGUUGGUCUGUUCUCUUAAAGCCUCCUGUGACUCCCUCACUGUCGCAGGUAGGAAACUCUUUGGGAUAGGCUCAAUGUUUUAUGUGAAACUUUUGAUGCUGAACUGAACAUUUUUACAGUUGAAUUAAACAGAAAAUGUCCAGCUGGAAACCACAUCAUCCCUCAAAUUGUUCUUUGUCCUGAAUUAAUGAACCAAGAGAGGAGAAGAAACAGCAGCUCAUGCAUGUCUAAAGCAUUAUUUGUGUGUUUUUAUACCAAUAUCCUC